CAAACACGAAGCUCAGCUCCGCCAUGGUGCGAAAGUACGACUCCAAACUGGAUGUGCCCCUAGAUGAGCUCGCAGAGAUUGAAAAGGGAAAUGGAUCUGGAAACACCCGAGUCUUCGCGUGACACUCAGAGCUGAGUUUGGGUUUUCAAGUUGCAGGGUGCGACUUUUUUUUUGGAGGUUUUGUCAUAUUUCAAGAGCGUUUUGUCGUUCACCGAUGUUUUGAUGCACCCUGAGGUGGGCAAUUUGCCGUACAGUACAUCUUGGCAGGAUUUGAAAGAUCACAUGCGGAAGGCUGGCGACGUGCUCUUCUGUGAGAUUCUGCAAGAGCCUGGCACAGCAUUGGGCUCCAAGGGUUGCGGUCUUGUAGAGUUCGCCACUCCUGCAGCUGCGCAGAGAGCCAUCUCAGAUCUCACUGGCACGGUUAUACAGGGACGACAGAUCUUUGUGCGAGAGGAUCGAGAGAACGAGAACAGCCUGCAUAUCAGCUCCAUGGGCCGAAGAGUCUUCGUCGGGAACUUGGCAUAUAGCGUGAGCUGGCAGGACCUUAAGGAUCACAUGCGGCAGUGUGGUGAGGUGUUGCAUUGCGACAUCAUGCGGGAACCCAACACCGCAAUGGGCUCGAAGGGCUGCGGCAUAGUGGAAUUUGCUUCUGCAUCGUCGGCGAAGCGAGCCAUCCAAGAUAUGACCGACUCGAUCCUGAAAGGGCGACCGAUUUUUGUGCGCGAAGACCGGGAAGAACGUGGCGGCUCAGGACGAGGCGAACGGAGGGACGUGGCAGCCCCAGAAUCUGCCAGAUUUGGAAGACCCGAACGACGCGAGCGAUUUGGACGAGCGCGAAGUCGAUCCUACAGCGGUGGACGGCAACGGUGGCAGCCAGUUGGAGGAGGUCGCAACAGAGAUGGUGGUGGUAACCGCCGGGUCUUUGUGGGCAAUUUGGCUUACAGUGUGACAUGGCAAGAACUGAAAGAUCACAUGCGCCAUGCUGGGGAUGUUCUGUUCUGCGAGAUUCUGAAAGAGCCUGGAACCACCUUAGGCUCCAAGGGCUGCGCCAUCGUGGAGUACCGCACCGCCGCCGAGGCCCGGCGAGCCAUCCGCUCCAUGACCGACACCGAGCUGCGCGGAAGGCAAAUGUGGGUGCGAGAAGAUCGCGAGGAGAUAUGAGAAGACAGG